AUGAUUAUUGAUUUCUCUUUUAUAUUUUGGAUCAGGUUUACAAAGAUAAAAUUUGGCCAAUUGAACAACGUAUUGAAAAACAUGUUGACAUCAACUAAUGAUAUUCCUCAACAUAAAAGAGUACUUCGAAUGAAAGAUAAUUGGGAAGAUGAUUCGUUGUUAUCUACUAUUUAUUAUACCUACAAAGCUAAUGAAAAUUAUAUAAAAUUAAAAAUAAUUCGAUAUAUAAAGAUUAAAUUUGGCCAAUUAAAUGUUGCAUUGAAAAGUAUGCUUACAACAACUGUCAAUUCACCGCAACAUAAAAGAGUAUUUGGAAUGGAAGAUAAUUGGGAGGAUGAUUCUUCGUUAUCUAUUAUUUAUCGAACGUACAAAACUAAUGAGAAUUAUAUUAAAUUGAAGAAAAUUAAACAAGUUCAUCUGGAAUUAUUCAAAUUGUCGAAGGAACUUAGUAAGAUGUAUGGUAUACAGGCUGAAAAUACUAACGAAGUUCUUCACACGUUUUACGGACAAAAUACGAAUUUGGAAAUUAAAAAUGAGGUGGAUAUAUUUACAUUGCAAAUGAUGCAACACCGUACCGAAUAUUCUGCUUAUGGUUUUUUUAAACUUAACUGCAAACACAUUUGUUCGUGUAUAGGUACCGUAACAACGUACAUAGUUAUCAUGAUACAAGUAACCGAUUCGAUAGAAGAAGUAUCAUAA